CAGACCUGGGUCACAUACAUGCAGAAAAAUAUAUGCUUAAAAACAUAUCAAAUACAUGUGAAAUAUAUGUCAAAUACAUGUCAGAUACAUGUCAAAUAUAUGUCAAAUAUAUGUCAGACACAUGUCAAAUUCAUGUUAGAGACAGUAUAUAGGAUGUUGGAUGAGAAACAGAACAGGGAACAGGGCUGUGAUCUGAUGUCCACACUAGCAGAAACAGUACUAGAACAGGGUUGUGAUCUAAUGUCCACACUAGCAGAAACAGUACUAGAGCAGGGCUGUGAUCUGAUGUCCACACUAGCAGAAACAGAACUAGAGCAGGGCUGUGAUCUAAUGUCCACACUAGCAGAAAAAGAACUAGAACAGGGCUGUGAUCUAAUGUCCACACUAGCAGAAACAGAACUAGAACAGGGCUGUGAUCUAAUGUCCACACUAGCAGAAACAGAACUAGAACAGGGCUGUGAUCUAAUGUCCACACUAGCAGAAACAGAACUAGAACAGGGCUGUGAUCUAAUGUCCACACUAGCAGAAACAGAACUAGAACAGGGCUGUGAUCUAAUGUCCACACUAGCAGAAACAGAACUAGAACAGGGUUGUGAUCUAAUGUCCACACUAGCAGAAACAGAACUAGAACAGGGCUGUGAUCUAAUGUCCACACUAGCAGAAACAGAACUAGAGCAGGGCUGUGAUCUAAUGUCCACACUAGCAGAAACAGAACUAGAACAGGGCUGUGAUCUAAUGUCCACACUAGCAGAAACAGAACUAGAACAGGGCUGUGAUCUAAUGUCCACACUAGCAGAAACAGAACUAGAACAGGGCUGUGAUCUAAUGUCCACACUAGCAGAAACAGAACUAGAGCAGGGCUGUGAUCUAAUGUCCACACUAGCAGAAACAGAACUAGAGCAGGGCUGUGAUCUAAUGUCCACACUAGCAGAAACAGAACUAGAACAGGGCUGUUAUCUAAUGUCCACACUAGCAGAAACAGAACUAGAGCAGGGCUGUGAUCUAAUGUCCACACUAGCAGAAACAGAACUAGAACAGGGCUGUGAUCUAAUGUCCACACUAGCAGAAACAGAACUAGAACAGGGCUGUGUUCUGAUGAAUUUGCUCUUAACUGAGUUAAAUAAAGUUAAAUGAAUUAAGUUCAAUUAAUUUAUUAAGUCAAAAAGUUAAAUUAAGUUAAGUUAAAUUAAUUAAAUAGUUGAAUAAAGGUUAAAUAAUAAUAUAAUAACAUUGAUUUAGUUACAAUGGAACCAACUGAAUAGUACUAAGAAUGUCAACUCCAAACUGAAGCACAUCGCAAAUACUUUCAAAUGGAAUAUAACAAGAAGUAUCUUUUGAGCAUUUUCUAAGCCUGAAGAGUAGACUGUAGAGGUGGUCUGACCAGUCUCUCUGUCUCCCCUCAGCUUGGUCAGUCUAAAGAGUAAACUGUAGAGGUGGUCUGACCAGGCUCUCCCCUCAGCUUGGUCAGUCUAAAGAGUAGACUGUAGAGGUGGUCUGACCAGUCUCUCUGUCUCCCCUCAGCUUGGUCAGUCUAAAAAAGAGACUGUAGAGGUGGUCUGACCAGUGUCUCUGUCUCCCCUCAGCUUGGUCAGUCUAAAGAGUAGACUGUAGAGGUGGUCUGACCAGUCUUUCUGUCUCCUCAGCUUGGUCAGUCUAAAGAGUAGACUGUAGAGGUGGUCUGACCAGUCUCUCUGUCUCCCCUCUGCUUGGUCAGUCUAAAGAGUAGACUGUUUAGGUGGUCUGACCAGUCUCUCUGUCUCCCCUCAGCUUGGUCAGUCUAAAGAGUAGACUGUAGAGGUGGUCUGACCAGUCUCUCUGUCUCCUCAACUUGGUCAGUCUAAAGAGUAGACUAUAGAGGUGGUCUGACCAGUCUCUCUGUCUCCCCUCAGCUUGGUCAGUCUAAAGAGUAGACUGUAGAGGUGGUCUGACCAGUCUCUCUGUCUCCUCAGCUUGGUCAGUCUAAAGAGUAGACUGUAGAGGUGGUCUGACCAGUCUCUCUGUCUCCCCUCUGCUUGGUCAGUCUAAAGAGUAGACUGUUUAGGUGGUCUGACCUGUCUCUCUGUCUCCCCUCAGCUUGGUCAGUCUAAAGAGUAGACUGUAGAGGUGGUCUGACCAGUCUCUCUGUCUCCCCUCAGCUUGGUCAGUCUAAAGAGUAGACUGUAGAGGUGGUCUGACCAGUCUCUCUGUCUCCUCAGCUUGGUCAGUCUAAAGAGUAGACUGUAGAGGUGGUCUGACCAGUCUCUCUGUCUCCCCUCUGCUUGGUCAGUCUAAAGAGUAGACUGUAGAGGUGGUCUGACCAGUCUCUCUGUCUCCUCAGCUUGGUCAGUCUAAAGAGUAGACUGUAGAGGUGGUCUGACCAGUCUCUCUGUCUCCUCAGCUUGGUCAGUCUAAAGAGUAGACUGUAGAGGUGGUCUGACCAGUCUCUCUGUCUCCUCAGCUUGGUCAGUCUAAAGAGUAGACUGUAGAGGUGGUCUGACCAGUCUCUCUGUCUCCCCUCUGCUUGGUCAGUCUAAAGAGUAGACUGUUUAGGUGGUCUGACCUGUCUCUCUGUCUCCCCUCAGCUUGGUCAGUCUAAAGAGUAGACUGUAGAGGUGGUCUGACCAGUCUCUCUGUCUCCUCAGUUUGGUCAGUCUAAAGAGUAGACUGUAGAGGUGGUCUGACCAGUCUCUCUGUCUCCCCUCAGCUUGGUCAGUCUAAAGAGUAGACUGUAGAGGUGGUCUGACCAGUCUCUCUGUCUCCCCUCAGCUUGGUCAGUCUAAAGAGUAGACUGUAGAGGUGGUCUGACCAGUGUCUCUGUCUCC